UUGAAGAAUUUUUAAAAAAUUAUAUUAAAAUAGCUUCAUAAAAAAUUUUCUAUUAAAAAGUGAAACGAAACGAGGAAAUGGGAAAAAAUCGGUACAUAAUGGGCAGUGUACAUGCGAUGAAUUUCAAAGUGGGUUCACUGAUUUCCAUCUAUUCACACUACCUUUUAGUGUUUGGCUAUACGUCGAUUCGAUUCGUUAUUGAUUAUUGACCAUGGCAACUCCUGGGAAGAAGGUGCUGCUGACCUCUAAUGGCGAUGAAAUUUCGCUCAAUAUUGCGCGCCAUUUAGCUCAGCGCGGUUGCCGGUUGGUGUUAAUGGGGAAUGAGGGGCAAUUGAGGAGUGAAGCUGAGAAGUUAAAGAGAUCUCUAGACUGCGGCGUAACGCUGGAGGUGGUAGAUUUAGAUAUGGAAGAGGAUAGAGAGGCGGUUUUCGAUGAAGCGGUGGAAAAAGGCUGGAGGAUUUUGGGGAAUUUGGAUGCUUUGGUCAACUGUUAUUCCUAUGAAGGGAAAAUUGUAGAUCCUCUGCGUUUAGUUGAAGACGAGUUCAAAAAGAUUGUUAAAAUCAAUUUCAUGGGGGCAUGGUAUCUUUUGAAAGCUGUUGGCCGAAGAAUGCAAGAUCAGAAAUCUGGGGGAUCCAUUGUGUUUUUAACCUCCAUAAUUGGUGCUGAGAGAGGGAUAUAUCCAGGAGCUGCAGCAUAUGGUUCAUGUUUGGCUGGAGUGCAGCAACUAGUAAGGGCGGCUGCAAUGGAGAUUGGAAAGUAUCAGAUAAGGGUUAAUGCAAUUGCUCGUGGUUUGCAUCUUAACGAUGAAUUUCCUGUAUCAGUGGGGAAGGAGAGGGCAGAGAAAUUGGUCGAGGAAGCAGCACCAUUGCAUCGAUGGCUUGAUGUUGAAAAAGACCUGGCAUCGACUGUCAUUUACUUAAUCAGCAACGGGUCAUGUUAUCUGACAGGGACUACCAUAUUUGUUGAUGGUGCACAAUCUCUGGUGAGGCCUCGAAUGCGAUCAUACAUGUGAUGUGUGCUGCUAAGAUAAUUCUUAUAUUGAUUCGUAGACGUUGCAACUUGUAAGAAUUUCGAGUCUAAUAAUCUAAUUUAAAGGGUCAGGAACUGCUUAUUUUGACUAUGUUAUUGUUUGAUGUAAACAUGGAGAUGUAUCUCUUAGCAGUUGAGAAAAUUUCUGGUCCCAUCCUCCGUACAAUAGAUUUUGAUUUGGUAUGCAUGAAGAGCUUCAAGUGA